AUGAUGUUACCAUGCCGUCUGUUGUACUUAUUGGUUUUGCUUCUCAGUAUUGCCUCUGUAUGUUCUGCGUCUGAAGAGAUUCUACCUGCUGUAAUUGUUCCUUCUGGUGAACCGGAAUAUCUUGUGGUUAAUUUUGGUAUUGCUAAUCAUAGGCGUCGUAAAAAUAGGGAUCCAGCAAACAUAAUCUCUAAUGCUCAUAAAGAUAUACAGGACCCACUUAAAGAAGGGGCACAAGCGUUGAAAGAGGGUCCUAGUGGUAACCAGAAUGGCCCUUCUGGUGGUAAACCCGGUGAUAAAGGCCAGAAAGAGCAAUUGAAGGCUGCGGAAGGGCCGGGAAAAGAGGCGAGUGAGAGAGAAAUAACUAAGGAACGUCAAGAUACUGCGGUGGGUAAGAUAGAUGAUCCUACUGGAAUCCUUCAGGGAAUUCAAACACAAAUAUUAUCUGAAACCGCCCCAAGUUCUUCUUCGUCUGUUGUUUCUUCUGCACCACGUGCUGGUGACCCAACAAAAAGUGAAGAAACCUUAUCUAAGCAGAGUGAGAGUGGUGGUCCCGCACAAGAUACUAGUAACCAAAACGAUAAACGUCAAGGUGACAACACACAGAGCAACGAAAGCGAUAUAAAGGAUAGACCUCAAAAUACAUCAAACUCUACUUCUUCUAUUGAACCCUGUACAAGUAAUUCGGAGAGUCAUGAAAACAGUGCCACGAAGGAACAAACACACUCUACACAGGACUCUCCAACAACCAUUGGUACAGGUGAGAACACUAAAGCCGAAAACACGAACUCCAUCACUCUCAAUACAACCAGUAAUGAGGAAUCAAUCACGACAACGACAACGACAACACCACUUCCUCCUGUGUCUUCAAACACGAUGAUGCCAAAUGUGAAGGGUAAUGUUGACAGCAGCAGUAUCCGUAGCAGCAGUUCUGUGUGGGUGCGUGUGCCGCUACUGCUGGUGGCUGUGUUGUUCUCCGCUACUGUAUAG